CGAGUCCAUUGGUCCAAACUGAAAGCUUGCAUUCAUGAUCAGACGUGAUGACGAUGGCUUCUUCGACACGCACAUUAAAACCUGGGCUCGUCGCCCAUUCCUCUCUUACCUUCCACCAACAACCUGACACACCUACAAGAUGAAGUUUACUACUACUGCCACCAUCUGUGCACUUUUCGUCGAAGCAGUUGUCGGGUCAGCCACUCCUCCAUCUAGCGCUCGUUCUAACAUAGGCCGCACACAUCGCAUUGCCCUUAACUCAAGACUAUCCGCUGCUAACGGCUCCAAAGUCUUCGAUUCGAGGACUGUGCGGGAACAGCUGCAAUUUGUAUCUCGUAAGUACAGCGCCACUAUGGGGGCUUACGAACGGAACACUGGGUCUCGCCAUCCGCUGAAUGGUCGCUAUAACGCUCGCUCGGUGGCAAAGCGGACCACGAAUGGAAACGUGUCCCUUACGAACUACGAUGCAGACCUUUGGUACGGCGAUAUCGAGGUGGGCACGCCCCCUCAAACGUUCACAAUGUUAUUCGACACUGGCAGUUCAGACCUCUUUCUUCCAUCUAUCCAAUGCGAUGUAAGCUGUGAUGGACAUACGCAAUAUGACCCUGCUGCCUCGUCGUCUUCCAAAGAUACUGGUCAGCCGUUCAGACAGCAGGCGGAAUACGUAGAUGACGUUUUUGUUGGGGGUUACGAAGCCGAUGAUCAGACUAUCGGCGCCGCAUACGCAUAUUCGCCAGAGUUCAGCAAGGACGAUUUUCCUCCUGACGGUCUCUCCGGUUUGGGAUUCCCCGAAAUCUCGGAGUUCGAGGGAUCUCCACUCUUCCAGACGCUCUAUGAAAGCGGGCAACUGCCACAAGGCGUCAUUGGGUUCAAGCUGUCUACUACUCCAGGAGCUAGCGAAAUGCUCAUCGGAGGAACAAAUACCAGCCUAUACCGCUCCGACACGCUUACGUAUAUUCCUGUGACGCAGAAAGGUUACUGGCAGGUAGUGAUGGAUGGCAUUUCGAGGUUGGGACAGGAUGUCAUCGAGUCGCACGCCGCUCCUGCGAUCAUCGACACCGGGACCACUCUCGUCAUCACGUCUGAUGCAAUCGCACAAGCUUACUACGCGAACAUACCCGGAGCCACAGCCCACACGGAAGGCGAGGACACAUACUGGACAAUUCCAUGCAAUAUCAUCAAUUCCACCGUUCCUACAUUCAUAUUUGGCGGACAUGCCUUCCCAGUUUCUCCGCAGACGUUCAAUCUUGGGCCAGACAUUCUUUCGAGUGACUGCUUAGCUGGGAUCGCUGCAUCUUCAGAAAUGGAUUUCACGAUCGUCGGCGACGUCUUUCUCCAGAACACGUAUUCGGUAUUUGAUUACAGAAAUACGAGGGUAGGAUUUGCAGAACUUGUUUGAUAUAACUGUUGGAUGAAUACCUGAAGUGCAUGUAUACCUUUUUUCGUACUACGGACCUCGAAUCUUGAAGCUUGACCGUUAUGCAUAGCCG